UCUGCACCCCAAACAUGCCGUUCAGAAGCAUUUGUAAUAUAACAUCAUUGCAUCUGGAGAAGGCCCUGUUUCCGUUUUAGCUUUGCGACGAUCAUGCCAUAUGAGUAUCCUUCUAAAACGUGCGUGCAGUGUGGUCAAGCACCCCAUAACCCAAGUGCCGACACGAGUCAUCCACCAGCCUUUCAAGGUAGCCCAUCGAAUCAUUCGGAGAUUGCAGUAAUCGCACACUGUUGAUAAUGGCAUGGCUCGUACCUGUAGGGAUCUGGGCAGUAUCGGAGUUGUUCGGUUUCGGUCGCGGUGACAGCGCUCCCAAUCCAACUUAUGCUGAAAUCGAAGCCCGCCGGUGGGCUGAGAGAGAGCGGGAUAGGGCCAUUGGGGACCUUGACAGUAUGAGGGUGGAGGUGGCGCAGCUCACACAAUCAAUGCAAGCAACACAAAGUAGGACACUUCGGUUCCAGCAAGAGGCCAUGUCAGCUGCGGCAGCCGCGCAGCAGAAAACUCAGGAGCAAAUGAGGGCUAUGUUUGACGCCGUGAGAGCUGCAGAUGCAGCCCAUUUCGCUGCAGAAAGUGCUGCACGAGUUGCAACAGAGGAGUCCAAGAGGAAGGCCCAAGAAGCUGAGGCGGAGAGGCAGCGCACCCAAGCUGCUUUCGAAAAAGCUCAGAGAGCGGCAGAGGCUUCUAAACUAGACGCCGAACGUCUUCAGAGAGCAGCCGAAGAAGAAAAGAAGAAAGCCGCCGAAGCCGUCGCAGAAUCAGAGGCGGUAAGAAAAGUAGCUGAGAACAAUGUUCGCGAGGCUGCAGCUGCCAAGGAAGACGCUGAAAGGCGGCUUAGAGACGGCAUACAGCCUGUAUUAACGCCUACUCCUCAAGAAAUUCUCGCUGCCCAAGCAAAAAUUCAGUAUCAGGAGAAUUUAUUCCAUUUCGCUGUCGCUGGGAGGGCCGGUGGAGGGAAGUCAUCACUCGUAAACGCAUUCCGCGGCAUGAGUAACCGCGCAGCUGGUUCCGCUCGGACAGGGGUCAUAGAGACCACCCUGACGAUGGGAAGGUAUUCAGACCCUGACGAGCGGUGUCAGCAUGUCUGGUACGAUCUUCCUGGAGCAGGGACAAUUAGGAUCCCGGAUUGGCAAUAUUUCAACGCGCAGGGACUCUACGUCUUUGAUUGCAUUGUCGUCUUGUUCGACAAUCGGUUCACCCAGACCGACAUCGCUAUUCUCCGCAAUUGCAGGCGCUUCAAAAUCCCCACUUACAUCGUUCGUUCAAAAGCAGACCAACAUAUUUCAAAUAUCGUAAGGGAGAUGGGAUACGAGAGCGAUGAUGAAAACGCCGAUCGGUCGCAACAGGCAACCUUGUACAUGGCUGCGAGAGAGCAACUCGUCAACGAAACUCGCCACAAUGUGAAGGCAAAUCUUGCGGAGGCGAAUCUACCUGAUCAAAAGGUUUACAUCGUCUCUAGUAGCUGUCUACGAGCUGUGGCCAAAGGCAAUCAGCCUUCAAAGGUCAUUGACGAAAUCCAACUGCUAAAUGAUCUAUAUACGGAAGCACAAGCUAGGCGAGUCCGUCAGUCAGGAGGGGUUUCCGCCUGAGGAACUAGUCCAGAGGAAGUAAUUGGUUUGCUUUAGAAAGUUUCGUGUUUCGAAUUUGGAUGGCAGAGGCAUAUUUACCUAUGAUUCAGAUUCUCGUGCUCAUCACGUACGGAUAUGUAACUUGACAAUUCUACUCUUUCUUGCUGCUGCGCGAGCCGUUUGCAGGUCCUGACGGUGAUGCAUGUUCUCCUCCUCGUUGAUACAGACUCUACCAUCUCCUUUGUCAAUAAUAUGGUACUUUGAUGUCCUCUACUUACUUUUGACCUUCUCAUCAUUGGAGGGGGCAUCGAAAACAGGGCGGCCAAGGUAAGGAAGCUAUACGACAUC